AUAUGUUUCAGGUUCCUCCUAACAGUGUGCUUAACUCCCCAGCAAUGGAACAUUUUCAAAACCCUAACCCUUAUCCUACUGGUUAUCAUGUUUCCGAAUUCUUCGAUACGUCGGACUUCGAACUCUCCGACUAUCUCGUGGUUGGAGACGGUUCCGAGGGAGGUUUGUUGGCGGCGGCGUCUGACAAUGUUACUGAGGGUUCCACUGAAUUUGGCAGUUCAGCUCCAAGAACUAGUAACAGCAUAAAUUUUAGAAAUGGAUCCAAGAAAAACAAGGUGGAUGGAGGAGGGUUUAGGGUUGCGUUUAGGACGAAAUCGGAUCUGGAGAUCAUGGAUGAUGGAUUCAAAUGGAGAAAGUAUGGAAAGAAGAUGGUGAAGAACAGUCCAAAUCCAAGGAAUUACUACAAGUGUUCAAGUGAAGAAUGCUAUGUUAAAAAGAGGGUAGAAAGGGACAGGGAAGACCCAAGCUAUGUGAUAACAACAUAUGAUGGAGUGCACAACCAUGAGAGCCCUUCUGUGGUCUAUUACAAUCAGCAGCCUCUCAUGAUUCCUGAUGGCUGGACUCUACAAGCUUCCUCUUCUCUCUCCUCUUCUUCAUAAGUUGGCAUAUGCCUUUUUCUUUUUCUUGUUUCUACUUGGUUAUGAGAGUUAUAUAUCCUUUGUUUUUAGAACUGUAAUAUUUUCAUGUUUGAUCAAAAGUCUAAUCCAUGUACUAUACUAUAAUGAUUUUGGGUGGUGGAGUGGGUACUAAUGCAGCACGAAUAGCAGAUGAUUAUACAAAUAUCCUGUGAUGGUUGGAAAUCAAAAUAGGAAACUGAUGCAUCACGUAUGAGAGAAAAGAGAUGAUUAUAUAGUAGAUCAAGAUCAUCGAAAAUAGAGCUGAUAAGAUGUCAGG